CUCUCUAAACUGCUUUGCUUAGGCCCUAUCGCCAUCAUCGAAUCAAAUCUUCUUCCUCCGGGGGCUGGUUUCCUCGUAUCCAAAUUAUUGUUGUUGUUAUCAUUUCAAGACUGGAGAUUUGAGGCUAUACAUUCGAGAUCAUGGAACCAAAACCCAUCGUAUUACGAACAGUAUGGGCUCACAAUCUCCAGUUAGAAUUCGAGGUUAUCAGAACGAUAAUCGAUCGUUAUCCAUUCGUUUCAAUGGAUACCGAGUUCCCCGGGGUCGUCAUUCGAUCCGCCCUCGACAAUAACCGCUAUCAGAACGAUCCUAUCACCAACUACCAAUCGCUCAAGAAGAACGUCGAUAUGCUCAACAUCAUUCAGAUCGGAAUCACAUUGUCUGACUCCCAUGGAAACCUCCCAGAUCUCGGUUCCGAUAAUUCCUAUGUCUGGGAAUUCAAUUUCCAGGACUUCGAUGUUUCGUGUGAUGCCUACGCUCCCGAGUCCAUCGAUCUGCUGAUACGGCAGGGAAUCGAUUUCAAGAAGACCAGAGAAUACGGAAUCAAAUCCGCAGAUUUCGCCGAGCUGAUGAUGUCGUCAGGGCUUGUCUGUAAUGAAUCGGUGAGCUGGGUGACGUUUCACAGCGCGUACGAUUUCGGUUAUCUCAUCAAGGCCUUGACUCAAUGUCCCCUUCCUGAAGAUCUGCCCCAGUUUAUGUCUUUGUUAAAGAUAUUCUUUGGUUCUAUGGUUUACGAUGUCAAGCAUCUGAUGAAGUUCUGCGAGCACCUCCACGGUGGGUUAGAGAGUGUUGCUACGAGUCUGGCGUUGAAACGGGCGGUUGGAAAGUCCCAUCAGGCUGGUUCUGAUAGCAUGCUAACAUGGUGUGUCUUCCAGAGGAUUCGAGAUUUUCAUUUGAUCAAUGAGGGUGCUGAGAAGUAUACAGGUGUUCUAUAUGGUUUAGAGUUUUCUUAAACUUUGCUAGCUUGUAUAGAACAUUACAUCAAUAAUUUGUCCAUGUUUUCUUAUUAUUAAUAGAGCAGUUUUUCUUAUUUAUUCA